ACCAAACGAGAAGCCAACGGUAGUAGCGGAAGAAGUAGAAGGAGGAGAAGCGAGCACCAAUGGCUUCCCCAGCCGCUCUUCGGGAGCUACAGCGCGACUUAGAGACCAAAGCUAACGAUCUCAGUAGGAUCCAGAAAGAUAUUGCGAAGAAUCACCAAGUGAGAAAAAAGUACACUAUCCAGCUCGGUGAGAACGAGCUCGUCCUCAAGGAGUUGGAUCUGCUGAAUGAAGAUGCAAAUGUGUACAAAUUGAUCGGUCCAGUACUUGUGAAGCAGGAUUUGGCAGAGGCAAAUGCUAAUGUGCGCAAGAGGAUCGAAUAUAUGUCUGCUGAAUUGAAACGACUUGAUACAACUCUUCAAGAUUUGGAGGAGAAGCAAAACAGCAAGAGAGAUUCGAUAUUAAAGCUACAACAGAGAAUUCAAUCUCUCCAGGCUGGAAAAUCCAAGGCAUAGUUUACUUUCACACUAAUAUUCGAGCUUUGAUAUGCUUUAUAUAUCUCUAUGGAGGCUUGUGCUGUAGUAGUUCCCUGUUUCUAAUCAAAGCUACUACAUUGCGAUUACCAACUGUUACUUACUAUGGUCACUCUAGCAAUUGUGGGAUGUUAAAUUAUUUGUGGAAAAUGUUGAUCUCGUUAAUGUAUUUGGCUAUCCUUCAAUUUCUUCCUUUC